GUCCAAGGAAAGGAACCAACACCCAGCCGGCUGCCUAUAAGAACCAGCCCGCCCGCACCUCGCAGCAGAAUCGAUCACUUGCUGUCGUUGGUUGAGGUCCUUGCUGUUGUCGUCGUCUGCAACUUCGGCCGCUGCGGCUUCUCAUGCUGGCCACGCCGCCGACGCUGCUGCUGCUGCUGCGACACCGGUGGGGGGCACGCUGGAAAUGUCAUCGUCGGGCGGUGGCCAGCAGCAGCAAGGCGAGGGCAGGCCGAGGCUCAGGUGGACGAGCCAGCUGCACGGCCGCUUCGAGCUCGCCGUGGCCCAGCUCGGCGGCGCAGACAAGGCGACGCCCAAGUCGGUCCUGAGGGCGAUGGCCGUGCCGGAGCUCACGCUCUACCACCUCAAGAGCCACCUCCAGAAGUACCGGCUGGCGGUGAGCCGAGGCCUCAUCACCACCUCACCCGGCGACAACGGAGAGGGCGCCAACGACCGCUCAUCCUCCUCGGAGAACGAGUACGACGAGGACGCCGUCGCCGAGUUGCAUGGUGCAUUCACCGCCGACGAUGGAGCCGGUGCUAAAGAAGGUCUCUGCGAUUCUUCCAGGAGCAUGGCACGGAUGCACAGGGAGGUGCAGAGGAAGCUGCAGGAGCAGAUCGAGGUCCAGAGGCACCUGCAGCUGAGGAUCGAGGCGCAGGGGAGGUACCUGCAGUCCGUGCUGCACCGAGCGUACGAGGUCCUCUCUGACGACCACAACCUCGGAUCGCCGGCGGCCACGGAGCUCUCGGAGCUGGCCUCCGCGGUGGAGUCCGGGUGCCUGUCCUCCUCCUCCUCCCUCUCGCCGUCCCCGCCGCGCCGCCGCGCCGCCGGCAGCUGCGUCACGUCCUCCUCCUCCUGGGAGGCCGAGAGCCACGCUGCCGCAGGGUCCAAGCGGCCGUGCACGUGCGCUGUCGAGCAGCCGGCGCAGGGUAAGAGGACCUUCCUGCAGCAGAGCCACGACCACGGGGCAGAGGAAGCUGACGCGGACGCUGAAGCAGAGGACGGCAGCUCAUCAGAGAUCGAUCUCAACAGGUAGGGGGAAGGAGACGAUCGCGAUCAGAAGCAUCUUCUGCUGCAUGUGCCGAGCAUCGGGAACAGGGGAUGAUUGGCGGUGUGGCCUCCAAGGUUGGGACCAGGCUUUUUCAGCAAUGUCUGAUGCUGCAAUAGCUGGUGCUACUAUACACUGCUCUUCAUUCCAUAAUAUGAUACAUCUAUAUUUUCAUUUAUGCAUAUGGUUCUUGUGUUUCAUCUACCUCUGUAAAAAGAAAAAAAAAGAAUUUGUAACUGGAACUAGAGGAAGGCCCAGCUGCAGAUGAGGCACAUGCAGUAUGCUUGAGCUGCAAUGCAAAGGAUGUAUGUAUAGUUAUAGAACUGUGAACUGUCGUAGCUAGUGUCAUUAUAUGCCAUCAGUGAGAUUGAUGCCUUAAUGGGGCAAUGGGAUGAAGUUUGGAAUGCAACUUAAGAUUAAACUUUCAAA